CUAGAAACUAUACAUGGUUUUAAGCGCAUGUGUAACGGGUCAUUUGUCUUACCCUGGGAAGGAUUGGUGGCCCGUUCAAAAGGUUUCCCCUCUCUUGUGCAUUGACUGCUGGAAAAUUCUCCAGGUCAUGACAUAUGGAAGUAGCAGGUACAGAGAAAAACGAAAUAAAAAGACUGAUGGUUUGAUUUAAGCUUUUAAAGCUUCAACAAAGAAAUCCCACACUGAGCUCCAUGACUCAUGUGAUAAAAUAGGAUACGUUACGACAUCCUGUGUGUGUGUUUGUGUGUGUGUUGUUACAUGUCCUAUCUUAAUAGCUUAGACAGUAUAGUGAGUCUGGCUGCCUGUACCUAGUCAGGGCAAAUUUGUUGUACAAGAAGGAGGGUAAUGGAAUGGAGCCACGGACCACAACCCUACCCAGUGACAUCUGGGGCAGCAACACAUCGAAAAAACUAGAGCCAGACCCCACCAAUCUGGGCCAUGUGCCCUAAAAACCAAGGCAGCUGUAAGUGGACCCCUGCUGAAGCACAGCCAUCACAGGGUGGCAGUGGAGCCAUGUUAGAGGGAAAAAGAUGACACUAGAUAUUAGGGGGGAUCGUUUCCUCACUUUUUCCUCAGUAAAAUAAAAUUUUUGUUGAUACAUUUUGUAAAAUUAGUAAAAAAAAAAAAAAAAAUUUAAACACGAUUGUGGUGUUUACCUGUAAUUAAAUUAAUUUUUUUCAAAAGAUAAGCUAAAAAAUAUCUGGUUCAAAAUAUAAAAAAACUGGAUAUGAGCAAAACGUCAGAUUUGGGCCAUAUUUCAGUGUGAAUGUAGCCUAUGCAAAUGCAACUUCUUUUUGCCAAUUUGUGGCCUAUACCCGAUUUUUCCAUGGCAGUCAGAAUGGCCCAUUUCCUGCAUCUUUUGACCUAAAAAAAGAUCUGAAUUGUGUCACUUUCAUUUGUGGCACUAAAUCUGAGACAUAUCCAAUAGUUUUCAAACCGUUCGCAGUCUGAAUGUAGCAUUUCAUCUGGCUUUUACGUCAUUGUACACAUCCACACAGGCUAAUUUACAGAAGUAGCAGUCACUGCUCCACAACAGGCCAUUGUUAAUAGUUGAGCUCUCUUUUUUUUUCUUUUUCCUUACCUUUAUCUUGUAAGCUGUCAUAAUAUUGUUCUCUCCCAUUGCUCACCAAUUAUAACACAGAAACGCAUACAUCUAUUAUUACUUCCGUAAGCAGUGUGGUGCUGUGUGGCGUCUAUGUUCUCCAUCUGCGCAUGCGGGUCACUUUAGGGUUGUGAACUGUUCAGACUGAAGUCUGAUGGCUGUCAUAUUUAAUUAGUAGUUUCAAUGACUAAAAUCGGAUUUCAGCAAAAAAUCUGAAUUGAUCAUUAAGACCUGCAGAGUGAAUGUAGCCUAAGUGGGAAAAUAAAGCAAAGGAUUCUACUAAAUAAAUGACCUAUAUAUUAGAACCCCCCUAAAGGAAUGUGACCUAGUGUUUGAAAAUGGAGACCUCACCAUUCAAACAUUACUAUUUCAUACCAAAUAUCAAUAAGCUAUUACUUACCAUACCAUACCAGCUUUAUUUAUUGAAAACUUUAAACACCCAGAGGACCAAAGUGCUACUCAGAAUAAAAAGAAACAAAAUAGCCCCUGUAAGCAAAGUGUACAAUAUACACAUAAAUUGUUACCAUUUUAAGUUUUAAAUUUUUUUUAAAUUUGUGUCACUAGUGGCCUUUAUUUAACAGAAUACAGACAGAGAGAUAAGGGGGGAAAACAUUGAACAGAGUUCCCAGGGUCGGGAAUCAUACCCCAGACAGCUGCAUCGAGGACUCAUAGCCCUGUUACCAGUUUAAUUUUAAUAAUCAUUUUCUUCUGAGCAGGUCUUAGUCUACUGGAAGGUCAGUCUCGUCCAAUAACGUGGGAUCAAUUCCAAAUCGUGGAUAAUGACAACCUGAAUGUUGUUCGAGUCAUCACUGUGGAUGGCCUCCUGCACGGGCAGCUAACUGUGGAAAAGGCUUAAUGUUCACCGUCAAUGACUUAAGAGCAGGUCUUGUCUUUUAUCACCAUGACGACAGUGACUCCACAAAGGACUUCAUUAUUUUUCGCAUUUCUGAUGGCCACCAUCAGACCCGACAUAAGUUCCCCAUUAAGAUCCUCCCCAAAGAUGACAGCCCUCCUUUCCUCAUAACUAACAUGCUGGUGGAGGUCUUAGAAGGUCAGACGACUCUGCUCAGAGGUUCCACCCUCAAGGCUUCAGACAUGGACUCCAGUGAUGACUAUAUCCUCUUUAAUAUUACUCGCCUCCCACAGGCAGGAGAGGUUAUGAAAAUCCCAGGACCAGGGCUGACAGGUUACCCUGUCAGUCACUUCCUCCAGAAGGACCUUUCACAGUCCAUUGUGUACUACCGACACCUUGGGAACGAGGUGUUUGAUGACUCAUUUGAAGUCGUGCUGUCUGAUUUCCAUGAUCCCCCUAACUUUUCAGAACCUCAAGUGAUAGUUGUGCACAUUGAAGCAGUUCCAGACCAACCACCAAAGGAGGUUUCUGGUUCCACUCGGUGUCUUGUGAUCAAAGAAACACAAGUGGCCCAUAUAACCCGGCAACAGCUUCACUUUGUAGACCAAGAGUCUCCAGACAGUGAGCUCACAUACACAGUUACAACUCCACCUUUCUACACUGGUCAUUACAGUGGUCCAGAUGCAGGGAGGUUAUUCCUGGUCGACAGUGUACCCAAAUUUACCAAAGACUCCAACGCACCAGUCCUCAGACUCUUCACACAGCAUGCAGUGAACUUCAUGAAAGUAGCCUACAUGCCUCCAAUUAUGGAUAUUGGCCCUUACCCUCAGUAUAUCCAGUUUAUCCUAUCUGUGACCAACCAUCUGGGCAAAACAAUAACUGGGAUCUGCUUUAAUAUCACUCUAAUGCCAGUGGACAAUCAACCACCACAGGUCAUCACCAACGCUCUGACUGUAGAUGAGGGAGGGGAGCACUUCCUGGACCCAGAACAGUUGCAACUGUCAGAUGUUGACUCUAUACUAGAAGCCUUGCACGUGGAGCUUCGAAGGGAACCACAACAUGGUGUUCUGCACCUUGAUGGCCAUCCAUUUACACCAGGCCAGAACUUUACACUGCAGGACCUGAUAAACCAUAAAGUUAGGUACAAUCAUGACGGCUCAGAAACUACGGAAGACACCAUUGAGUUUAUUGCUACAGAUGGCACUAAUUCAGUCAGUUUUACUCUGCAUGUAAAGGUAACACCCAUCAAUGAUGAGCUCCCAGUAAUGGUUACUGGUUUGAAACCUGUUCUGAGGUGUCCAGAAGGAGAAGAAAUAGUCAUCACUUCAGAGUACAUCUAUGCCACUGAUACUGACAGCGACAACAAAAGCCUCGUUUUCCUGAUUGCACGGCAGCCUUACCAUGGGGUGGUUCUGAGAAAUAGUGUUGUUGUAGAUCGCUUCAUUCAAGCAGACGUCACUGCAGGCAUCAUCGCUUAUAGACACACGGGACUGGAGAUUGGACUAACUCCUCGCCAUGACACCAUCACGUUUGUCAUUUCUGAUGGACAAACUGAAACAUCAGCUUCAUGCUGCAAUGGGGGAAUUCCAACCAGGAGCAGAGGCACUGCUCGGCUAUGGGACAGCCUGCCUGUCUACGACCUCCACAUCACAGUUUAUCCCGUUGACAGUCAGCCACCUUCACUGGCAACAGGUGACAUCUUUACAGUGGAUGAAGGUGGGACUGCAGUAAUAGCUGGUGCUCAUUUGAAGGCCUCUGACAUGGACACAGUCCUAGACAAGCUUGUGGUCAGUCUGUUUUCUCCUCCCCAGUUUGGCUACAUAGAAAAUGUCCUCCCCAGCCCUGGCUUUGAGAAAAGCAACACAGGCAUAAGCAUUGCUUCUUUUCUAUACAAGGACAUCACUGAGGGUCACAUAAACUAUGUGCAGUCCAGACACCAAAGGAUGGAACCCACAGCUGAUCAGUUCAUGCUUUGUGUCUCAGAUGGCAAGCACAACUCUGCUAACAUUCCUUUCUACGUCAUAAUUAACCCAACAAAUGAUGAAAUGCCAGAAUUUAUAGCACGCAACAUCACAGUACAAGAGGGAGAAAUGAAGUACUUGGACUCAUCUGUGUUCCAUGUGAUGGACCUGGAUGUGCCCAAGAAUCCCCUGCUUUUCUCUGUGGUCAGACCUCCUCAGCAUGGCAGCAUCGUCCGUCACAGGAACGGAAACCCAAUCACCAAGAGACAGGGACCCAAUCUAUGGUCUCCUGUGGAUGACUUUACAAUGGCAGAUAUUAAAAAGGGUUUGGAUCUGGUGUAUCUGCAUGAUGACAGUGAAAAGAUGAAGGACAGUUUUAUCAUCCAGUUGACUGAUGGCAGACACAAGCUCCAGAGAGAGGUGAUGGUUGAAGUGGUGCCAGUGAACGACGAGGAGCCUCAUGUCAUCAGGAACAAUGGACUGGAGGUGGAACCAGGAGAAGCCAGGGUUAUAUCCAGCGUUACAUUGUUUGCAGAGGACAAAGAUACCCCCUCUACAGAGAUCAUGUACAUUUUUGAGAGUGUUCCAACCCAAGGAUUACUUCAGCUUCUGAAAGACCUGAAGUGGGUGACACUUACAGCUGGGAGGAGAUGUACGCAGGACAUGGUGGACAUGAACUUUCUGCGUUAUGUACAUACUGGCCAUCAUGCUACUAAAACCCAGGACUUCUUUGUUUUCCACCUGAUGGAUGGAAAGAAUCAAUCCCCACCACAGCACUUCCAGAUUUCUGUCAAAGAUCUGGAGAAAGGAAACAUAGCCAUCUUUGUGAAGCCAGUGAAUGUCAGCAGAGGUGAUCGUGUUGUUCUCACCACUGAUGUGCUGCUAGCCACAGAUGGCACAGACAAGCCAGAGGAGCUUCUAUAUGUUAUCACCAACCCACCUGCCCACGGACACAUAGAGUACAUCAAACAUCCAGGAGUGAUCAUCUCCACCUUCAGCCAAAUGGACAUAGCAGCAAACCUUGUUGCUUACGUCCAUGACAAUCGAGCCAGCAAAGCAAUAGAACAUUUUCAGUUUGUUUUAAGCAAUGGUAAGACUAGUCGAAAUGGAAGCUUUGAACUGCAAGUGGAAAUGGUGGAUCGUGUUCUGCCAUCUCUGAUGUCCAACAAAGGCCUCCAGGUCCCACAAGGUUCUGCCAUGAUCCUUGGUCCAGACUGCCUCCUCUUAUCUGACCCUGACACUCCACCCAGGGCCCUGACUUUUUUUCUGCGACAGCCUCCGCAGUAUGGGAAGUUGCUUUUAGCUGGUGUCACACUAACUGCGGGCUCAAACUUCACACAGGAACACAUAAAGGAACUGGAGGUUAUAUACAGACAUGACGGGGGACCAUCGCAGAUUGACCGAUUUGCUUUCGCAGCCUCCGACACCUCCAACCGAGGCUUUCUGCUAGAUGGAGAGCUGCAAACAGAGCCAGUGUUUUUCACCAUUCAGAUCAAGCCUUUGGAUAAGUCUUCACCAGAAGUUGUGAAGCUAUUCCCACUUCGGAAAGCAGAGCUUUUACCUGAUGGCAGAUAUGGGAUUUUCCUGACUUCUCGAGAGCUGAAGGCUCAGGAUAUUGAUAGCAGCGAUGAGGAGCUGAUAUUUUGCAUUGUCCGUCCACCUUAUUUUGGCUACCUUGAAAACAUUACCACAGGCAGGUUUGUGUCACAGCGCUUCUCUCAGAUUGAGCUUCACAAAAGAACCAUUGCCUAUAUUAUCAAUCCAGAUGGAGAGUUUCUCUCAGACAGCCUGGAGUUCAAAGUGUCUGAUCCUUUAGGCAACAUGGGGUCCUCUCACAUACUUGAAUUUAGAUGGAGCAGGGUGGAGUUUUCUCGGCCUCAGUCCUCAUCAUGUGAGGAGCGGGGACAAAUCUCACUGGACAUCAUUCGAAUGGGAAACUUAGCAGAGUCAUCAUAUGUCAAUGUCAAGGUGAUUGAGGGGACUGCAACUGCAGGAAAAGAUUUCCGUACAAACCCUUCCACCCUGAUUCAGUUUGACCCAGGAGUGGCAAAGCGAAGUUGGCAAACCGAGAUAGUUGAAGACCACAUUGAGGAGGCAGAUGAACAGUUUGAGGUGCUGCUGGUUUCUCCUGAAGCCACAGUGAUAGGUGGCAACAGCAAGGCUGAACUUAUAAUCAGAGACUCAGGAAAAGGACAGUGCAGGCCAAAGCAGGAUCAACAAGCUCCUCUACUAGGAGGACAGGAGAUUCGAUCUGACAGUUAUCCCCAGCAUGGAUCCAUCCAUUUGGAGAAACUUCCCCUUGGUACAGAAUCUGUCAUAUGGGGCAGAGGAGACAGCAUCUAUGUCCCAGGAGAACAUCUCCCAAAGAAGAAUCUCAGAGUUUUGAAAAAUCCCAAAUCUAUUGCCCCUUCAUCUGUGUUCCACAAUGGGACAGAUAUAAUUUACACAUACCAUGGAAUCAUGCAAAUGCAAGUAGAGAAUGACACAUCCUCAUCUAGAAAGAGCCAGAAGGCAAACAUCAGGGUGGUUAGCAGGGGGCCACAGCACCAGCUACCUGGACUUAUUACUGAAGCAAAGUCCACCACUCCAAGAGAGAAAAUGAAUCCACUUAAGAAGGCACGAUCUCGAGGACAUGCCACAGCCGAUACCUCUGUACCCAGGGCAUGUGUGCCAGAGCUGAUGGGACUCCUACAUUUCAACCAGUCCACCAAUCAGCUCCUUUACUGCAAUGGUGUCUCCUGGAAACCCUGGGCACCAACUGACCAGAUAGUGGGUGCUCAGAUGUGUCCUCAGGGCUGGACUUUUCAAGGAGGACGGUGUUACAUCCUCAGUACUGAGCACAAGCUCACAUGGAAUGCAGCCAACAGGGCCUGCAGAGAAAGGUUUAAGGGAAGUCUUGCAAGUGUUCUAUCUAAAGCUGACAUGGACUGGUUGUGGGACUUCAGUGGAAGAAAACCUUUCUGGAUAGGUCUGAACAACAGGGAGGAUCGAGGACGGUGGGAGUGGGUGGACGGCGAGCCUUUCAGCUACACAAACUGGAAAAAGACACCUCCUUACUCCAAAAUGAAGGGAAACAGGACGUGUGUGCUGGUAUGGAGAAGAGCCAAGUGGCAUAUCAGAGACUGCAAGAGUAGCAGAGGUCAUCGCUUUGUGUGCUCAGUGAAACUUUAAGAACAACUUAGAGAGAUUUUACUGCAGAGUUGCAGAACAAAGGACUGAUGCUCAAGAUACAACACUGAGGACCACUGGGAUCUUUUUCAUGACCUACAUUUACGAGUUAUUGUGAAAAUACCACACAGUAACAAAGGUAUUUUAGUAAACUCCGCUCUAUUUAACCACUGAAAGUAUUACUAAAGAAGUAUUUAAUGGCUUUUGGUUAAUUUCUGUUGAAGUAAAAACAGUUGGAUCAUCUGUCCAGAACUUUGACGAACCGAAUGUACAGAAGACAACAUGUUUCUCUGUAAACAUUCUCCUUAUUUAUAUUUUGCUUACAAUAUAAAUGUAUAAAUAUUCAUGAAUUAAUCUGAGUUCAUUCAUGUUUCAGAAACUGUACAUUAAUGGUCAAAUUCUUUGUUUUCUUCAUUAAAGUGUCCAAGUAAAAUUA